GGGUUCAUCGUCGACUCCUCCCAAGAGUAAUACGCCUGUCUUCCAAAGUGCUUUCCAGUGCACUUCCUUGCAGCGCACUAGGAUCGCCCAUGCUUUGCGAGCUCGGACGAAAUCCUGUCGCAAGAUACAGAGCUGUAAGAUAUCAUAAAGCCUGCGAAUGUGAAGUUUUCUUGUUGUCCGAGGUUCCUUUGAGCCAGGUAAGUCGAAAAGGAGAAUAUCUUCUGCAGAAGACAUGCACAAUGGUACUAAGCGCCCUAUCGAAUAUUAGGCACUGCAAACCGGCGCGAUCGACUUGGCAUCCUCAUUUCUCCCUCGACUUCACGACAUCAUUGACUUACCAAUGGACGACGACCUUUCAUUUGGGGCCUCUGUAUGGGGCAGCACCGACUCACCAACAGCAACACCAACGCUUCCGCCAGUUCUCAAACCACCAUCAUUCUCUCCUGCACUGUCCAGCCCGCAAGAUAGCGUCAACGACUUCGAUGAUUUUGGUACUCCUGCAGAGACAAUUGCUGCCUCCGGUGAUGAGGGGGAUGACGAUUUUGGAGAUUUUGAGGACUUUGGAGAAGCAGUUGAGGCAGGGCCCAGCUCGGUACCUUCUUUCAAUGAUGCUUUUUUGGACGAGCCAAGAAUACCCGGGGCAUCGAAGGAUUGGCAACCACUACGCGUAAAGCCUAUGCCUUCGCUAGAAGAAAUACGACAACAGAUGCACGAACUGCUGGGACCACUAUGGCCACCAGCAGAUCCGUCCCUCUUCCAUGACCGGGAGCUACGACAAGUGGGCGGCUUGAAUCAAAUCCUUAUUAGUCCUGAGAGUCGUCGAAUGUAUGAUUAUCUCUGUCCGUCGACACCCCCGGAGAUCCAACCAGUCAAUUGGACUCGAUCACGAAUACGUCGACAACACCUCAUUGCCCUUGGUAUUCCCGUCAACCUUGAUGAAGUUCUACCUCCUUCAGGUGGUAAACUGCCCCCACUUCAAAUAACAACUCGGCCGACAUCCGCUCCACCAGGACCAAGUAGCGCAUCAGCUGUGAGAAACCAUGCGGCAGCUACGGCAAACAACUCAAGGGCAGGGACACCACGUUCUGGUACACCUCAACCAGGUAUUAGGAAUAGUUCUCUUGCUGCCGCGCAAAUGCGCCUUGGACCUCAACCUGAGCUCGAUGAAGCAAAGAUUGAGACCCUGCUGAAUCUAAAACCAGAUGACCUUUCGAUCAUGCCAGUAAGGAUGGUUGAAUCGCAUCUCAAGGCCUUGCAAGAUCACACUGUUCAGACAUCAGCGUUGCUGACCUAUUUGCUGCAGACACGGGAUGCUCUGCAGCAGGACUCGGAAACAUACAAUAAAUUGAUUGGGGAGCUAGUCGGAGAGGCUCAGAAGAUGAAUACUGGCAAGAGGUUAGCUGGUAGUAGACGUGGGAGUGCGAUGUCAUGAGUAUGUCCAUUGUUUGGCUGAAACGUCGUCUACUACGACAUAUAUCCCGAUUGCUUUGCUUUU